AUGAUUUUGUAUCUUUCAAUCGUGGUUUUCCUACUGUUCAAUCACAUUAAGGCUUACUCCCAGCCUGGCCCGUGUGAAGGCAGUUGUUUUGCCCACGAUCCUUCCUUGGUUCAACAUCCUAAUGGCACUUGGUUUCGCUUCAAUACCGGGAAUGGAAUUGGGAUAUGGAAAGCAUCCGCGCUUCAGGGGCCAUGGAACUACGUUGGUGAUGCCUUGGAGGGUGGAUCAACGAUGAAGAUGCAAGGAAGCAAUUACCUAUGGGCACCGGAUGUAACUCUUGUUGGCACAACAUACUACAUGUACUACGCAGUUUCCAAGUGGGGUAGGAAAACUUCAGCGAUCGGUGUCGCCACAAGCCCAACAAUGGAGGUAGGCUCAUGGACAGAUCAUGGAGCAAUAGGUAUAAGAUCUACAGCCAGGUCCCCCUACAACGCGAUUGAUCCCAGCCUCCUAAUAUCUGGAAAUAACUCUUACCUCGUCUUUGGAUCAUGGAACCAUGGCAUAUACCAAGUAGCCAUGAAGUCACCUCCGAUCAAGAGAAUCAGGUCUAGCGUUCCAACCGAAGUGGCAUACGUCCCUAGCGGGGCUCAUACCGGGGAAGGAGCCUCAAUGUUCCAGCACGAUGGAUGGUAUUACCUUCUGUAUUCCGCCGGUAUAUGUUGCGGUUAUCAGGAUAAGAAGCCGGCUGCUGGUGAAGAGUAUAAGAUCGUGAUGUGCCGUAGUAAAUCGCCUACAUCAGGGUUUUUAGAUAAAGCUGGCGUUGAUUGUUUGAAAGGCGGAGGAACAACGCUAUUGGCUAGUCACGAUAAUGUUUAUGGUCCUGGUGGACAAGGUGUAAUUGACACUGCCAAUGGUCCCCUUCUCUACUAUCACUACACAAACCCUCAAAAUGGCAUUGGGGACUCCGAUAAUGUUUUUGGUUACAAUUAUUUGACUUUUCCAGAUGGAUGGCCCGCGGUAUGA